UCUAACUUUAUAGCCAAUUUUGCAUCCAACACAACAGGAUGCUUUAGUCCUUCCUUCCACAUAUAUAGAGAGAGCAAGGAAGCGUGAGUUUGCAGAAAAUAAUUAUAUAUGGAGGUUAAGAUGACAAAGAUCGAGCCUUUUCUAAGGGUUUGUGCAAUUCUGGUCUUGGCCUUGACUGCUUGUUUGGAUGGAUUGGAUUCUCAAUCCAAGACUCUGUUUUACAUGGAGAGAAAAGUCACCUUUACCUCCUUGAAUUCUCUCUCGGCCUUGGUGUAUGUUGCUUCUGCAGCUGCAGUAUAUAAUAUGCUUCAAGUAGUCAGAUGGUCUCUAUUAGGUUUCCAUAAGAGCAACUCAAAGGGUUCUCAUAUAUAUCUGGCUUGGCUCUGUUACUUACUGGAUCAGCUAGGAGUGUACAUUGUGUUUGGAGCAACAUCAGCAGCAAUGGUGCAUUCAGCUAUGGUCAUAUCUGGUGUAAAGAAGUUUCAGUGGAUGAAGUGGUGCAACAAAUUCACCAGAUUCUGCUUUCAAAUUGGCGGUGCUUUGGCCUGUGGCUACACUGCUUGUGCCUUAAUGCUUCUGAUUUCCUUCAUCUCUGCCUUCAAUCUCUUUAGGCUUUAUUUACCCCAAAAGUUUCUACUCCUAAAGCACUAAUUAAUGAUAUUGGCUAGCUUAUUUUUGUAACAUAUACAUACUGUUUGUUCUAUUAUGCUGCACUGUUGAUGCUGUAACAUGCUUUGUGUGAAUAUAGUCAAUAUAUGACAACUAGGAACCAUGGUAAA